UUUGAUUGACAUCUCGCAUGAAUUGUCUGGGGAACUCCCUUCCAAUGCCUCUUUGCUUGCUGUGAAUUUUCACUCUCGCUAUGUUUGUAUUUCGCAUUCUGGGACCGAAUUAUCUACAAUUUAGAAGGGGUUUGAAUACAAAACUGCUACAACAUGUCCGGCCGUUAAGCAACUCAUCGCCCUUUUACAAGGGAAAUGCAACAGUUAGAAAUUGCAAAGCAAAAAUCUCAGGCAAGACGCCAAGAAGAGCUGUUUUGUAUGUUCCCGGGAACGACGAAAGAAAAAUUGAAAAAAUCGCAACUCUGAAAGUGGAUUGUGUCGUGCUUGACUGUGAAGACGGUGUUGCAAAUAACCGCAAAGAAGAUGCCAGAAAUACCAUUGCGAAAUGUAUACCGAAUUUGCUAAAAACUUCAAAAAGUGAAAUAUGUGCCAGGGUGAAUUCUGUGAGCAGUGGACUGUAUCAAGAAGAUUUAGAAACUAUUUUUAAAAAUAAAUUUAUGCCGCAAGCUGUGAUGUUGCCUAAGGUAGAAAAAUGGCAAGAAAUUGAAACGUUUUUUGAUUCUAUCAAUCCAAUAUUGAAACCAAGACAACACUCUGUUGUAAAAUUAGUAAUUUUUAUUGAAACUGCUCUUGGGUUGAUAAAUCUGAAAGAAAUUAUUGAAAGUACAAUUGCAAACUCAUGCACUACAAAUUUGUUAUUUGAAGGAAUUGUUUUUGGCUCAGAUGAUUUCUGCGCGAGCAUUGGGGUUGAAAGAACAAAAAAUUCAGAUGAACUUCAUUACGCUCGUCAAAAAAUUAUUGCUAACGCAAAAGCAUAUGACCUACAAGCUAUAGAUAUGGUACACAUUGACUACAAAGACCAUGAAGGGUUAGAAACCCAAUCUAUUGAAGGAGCAAGCAUGGGAUUCACAGGGAAACAAGUAAUUCACCCUGGGCAAAUAGAAAUUGUUCAAAAGUGCUUUUCUCCUAGUGUAGACAGAAUAAAAUGGGCACAAGAACUUAUUCAAGCAUUUAACGAGCAUCAAAAACUUGGUCAGGGUGCUUUUACUUUUCAUGGACGCAUGAUUGACAUGCCUUUGCUAAGACAAGCUGAAAGCGUUGUUGAUAUGAGUCUGAAACUAGAAAAUAAUAAUUGAACGGAAUUAACAAAUGAUUAUUUAAUCACAAAUUGUCACCAUCAAUUAUUGAAAAGUGUAUGGUCUGAAGUACAAAUAAUCUAACGCCAACUGAAUGAAAUUUUCCCAUUUAUGCUUUCUCGGUUUUUGCCGUUAAAUGUUAAAUCAUACUAAAAUGAAGUUUUUUGGACUGUCUUCAGUAUGGCACAGUUCUCGGAUUCCAAGAAUAGCUCCCACACUAGAAGAUAUGAGUUACAACAGUGUGUACAAGCCCCUCCUUUACGAGACAGUCUGGGCCUUCAUACCGACAAAAAUUUGCAAACUCGCACUGCGCUACAAACUAAACAUAAGCGCAAUCUAAAAUGUUACUAUUGAAUUCUUCUGUAGCAUUUGAUAGUUUUCAGCAAAAAAACAUAAUUUUAGUUAAUUAGAUUAAUAUUAUUUGGAUGAGCAUGGAGCGAUCUGACGCAUCUGCCCCCAUGCCGAUGCCCUUGUUUCAGAGACAAAUUGAUUGUUUGUUUCAUUGAACCAAAUGUCGGGACUAUUUGGAAUCAGGGAACUGUGUCAUACUAGUCUUGGACUCCAGCAUCACUGAAGUGUAGGAGAUCAUAAUUAUGUCAUGUUGAUUAAUUAGCAUCAAUGCCAUUUUACACUUGAUUGAUUUUUGAGAAGAUCGAAUCAUACAAGAUUAGGCUACAUGAUUUACUGAAUAUAAUAGUACUAUCUUGUAUUGAUUUUUCUACCUCGGGGCGGGCCAAAUGUGGCCCACAAGUGGAAAUUGUGCCUCCCCCGGAGAAGUGUCAAUUUUGAAUGAUGUUCGGCCCGCUAAACAAUUUUAGUUUGUUCUGGUACAUGCGAGUAAUUCCAAUCACUUUGCGUUACAAACCUUAUACCUGAGUCCAAUUUAUUCUCUAUUCCUAUGACGUUACAAUUUUUUUUGUGCCUGUAACUACUAGAAAGCAUAUGUUAAAGUUGUUGCCCACAGUUUCUGCAGUUAUUUGUAUAUGACCCUCGUGUAUUAAAGUUCGCACACUCCUGUUCUACAUGAUAACUCACUUUUUCGCUGAAACAUGAGCCAUUUUAAUCAUUGGUUAUGCUAGCUUUGAUAAUUCAAUCAUGUUGUUAUUUCAGAGAGUUUUCAGGAUAAAUGUAACAACUUGUUUUAUUCUCUUUUUAUCUUUAUCUAUUAUUUCUUCUUACAAUGUUAAGGGUAAAUUUUGCUGAUAUUGAAUUGGAAUACGCUACUGUAGGUCAUAAAAUCUACCCCAUUAUUCAUGUGUUCAUUUUGAUUCUGUCUAGCACAGUGGAUUUCAAACCUAUCAGGCUGCCCCCCCUUUUUAGAAUUUGUCAAGUCUUGUGCUCCACAUCAAAAAUAACUAGCCAACAAUAAACUGCAAAUACAGAUAGGCAGAAGUAUGUUUUUUUUAAAUAGGUUGAAAAUAUGUGGAUGGAACAUAAAUAUUCAAAAUAAGGUGGGCAAGAUUAUAUCCAACAAAUUAUUACUUAUCGAUUUUAAUCGGUAGGUAUGUUGAUAGGUAUUUGUCUGUAUGUCUGUUAGAUGCACGCGAUAUCUCACGAAAGCGAGAUUGAAUCUGCUCCAGAUUUUGCAUGUGCAUUCAAUAUAGAAUUUUUUAGAAAACGUGGUCAUUUUAUUACAGA